GACUCUGACAAGCUUACUCCUUGGUAACAAUCACACGCCACAAAGCUCGUCACGUUUAUAAACAACACUGGGAGCUGCGUCUUCUUCCAGUACGCGGCGUCGUCGCGGAGCCCCCGAAAGCGAACGCGGCCCCCGCAGAAAGUGUGCCAGGUACCGGGUCGCUUCGAUUUGAACGCCGUCCCCCAGUUUGGCGGAAGAAAAAGGCGCACCUCUGUUGAAAAGGAGCCCGUCCGGUGGGAAUAGAACGCCGCUAAGUGGUUAUGGAGUUGUAAGGGUGGAAGGCAGCUUUCAUAUCCUGAGAUUGGUCCGUACCAUUGGAGUAUGAGGAAGCCUGUGCCGCAGAAAGCUAUCGAGUGGAAAGAUGCAAGAAGAAUCAAGCAUGCCCGGAGUGGACGGCCCUCCAGGUUGCCCUCCCUGUUCCAAGGCCAUUUCAGUUGGGAGAAGUACCUAAAAGAGACAGGCGCCAGUGCGGCACCUGCUUCAUGCUUCCGUCAGAGUCUUGCGCCUCCCCUCAAUGAGUUUAAGGCCGGUAUGAAGCUGGAGGCUCAGGACCCGCGCAACACCACAUCCACCUGCAUCGCCACAGUUGUGGGGCUGACAGGGUCGCGUCUCCGCCUGCGCCUAGACGGCUCCGACAACAAGAACGACUUCUGGCGCUUGGUGGACUCGUCCGAGAUCCAGCCCAUCGGCAACUGUGAGAAGAGUGGCGGCAUGCUGCAGCCACCGCUUGGUUUCCGUCUCAACGCAUCCUCCUGGCCCUUGUUUCUUCUGAAGACACUAAAUGGAGCUGAGAUGGCACCUCCGCGCAUCUUUCACAAGCAGGAGCCUGCUGCGCCGGAGCAGAACUCCUUCCAAGUAGGCAUGAAGCUGGAGGCGGUGGACCGCAAAAACCCUCACUUUAUCUGCCCGGCCACUGUGGGCGCUCUGCGUGGAGUGGAGGUGCAGGUCACCUUCGAUGGUUGGCGGGGUGCCUUUGACUACUACUGCCGCUACGACUCACGUGACAUCUUCCCAGUCGGCUGGUGCGCACUCUCUGGGGACAACCUACAGCCGCCUGGAACAAAAGCGGUGAUGCUAAAAAGCAUUGGGCCCUUAACAGACGGCACAGUGGAGAACUCGGCCAUGCACACGCCGCCCGCAGUUGGCAAGCCUGCUGGUCAGAGGGGGCGCAAACCCAGCCGCAGGAAAGCCAAGGGCUCUUGGAGUCAGAAGGCCUCGGCCUCAGGACCACCAAGCAUCCAGAUGAGCAAAGGCCUCGAGCCUGUUAAGAUCCCCCAAAAACGUGGACCCAAGCCUGGACGCAAGUUGAGCUGGGUAAGGAGAGCCGGCUUUUUGCCAGACACCAUUGCCGGGCCCGGGCGGCCCACGGCAGGUCCAGGACGACCCCGCGGCAGACUCCCAGGCAACUGGGCACAGAGGAUAGCCCUGCCGCAGACGCAGGACACACCCGUCAAGAUCCCAAAGAAAAGAGGCCCAAAGCCUGGCAGCAAGAGAAAACCUCGCCUGGUACCUAAUCCAGUCCCCACGUCUCCCACCAGCAGCACCCCGGAGCCUGACACCAGCACUGUGCCCCUCGACAACGCCACCAUUCCGAAAUCUGCACUACAGGCCCCCACAGUUUGUGUCUACCUAAACAAGUAUGGCAAGGUUGGGCCCCAUCUGGACCAGCGGCGCAUCCAGCAGCUGCCGGACCACUUCGGGCCCGGCCGGGCGUCGUCUGUGCUUCAGCAGUGCGUCCAAGCCUGCGUUGACUCUGCCCACAACCAGGCAACCAUCUUCUCCUGCCUUAAGGCCGGCCAGGGGGGUGAGGUCAUUUCAGCCUUCUUUGAGAAGCAGCAGCACACGCUGACGCUGCCUACCGUCAGCAGUGUCACCUAUGUCCUCCGCUUUCUGGAGAAGCUCUGUCACAACCUUCACUGCGACCCACUGUUUGGGAGUCAGCCUGUGGCCAGAGAAAACCUGCACUACGACGGCCACACUUUCCAUACAGACAGGAGAAGUUUGGGAGACAACUUGACCACGGGUCCCGGUCGAGGCACUAAGAGGCUCCUGCAGGAUUCGUACAAAAGCUCCAUGCCCUCAAAAGUGGUCAAGAUCUCCCGGCCCUCUGCCAAUGGAUCGGGUUCCGGCCAGGACCCCACCUUGUGGAGCGUCGAAGACGUCAUGCAGUACAUCCAAGACAUCGACCCCGUGCUGGCGCCGCACGCCGACCUGUUCAGGAAACACGAGAUCGACGGCAAGGCGCUGCUGCUGCUGCGUAGCGACACGAUGAUGAAGUACAUGGGCCUGAAGCUUGGCCCCGCCCUCAAACUCACUUUUCACAUCGACAAGCUCAAACGAGCCUGAGGGGUGGAGCAGUGGGGCGCAGGGAGGUCGCCUUCUAAAGGUCGCCACUUCCUUUAAGGAGCACAAUUUGACUCAUUACAUUCAUCGGUCGCCACCUUUGGAAUCACGUCCACCUCAUCCAAUGAGGAUGCUUUAUUUCAUGCAGCACAAUCCAGCCCCAAGGCAGCAUGCGAUGUUUUUUCAUUUUAUUUUUUUAUUACUAUGACACUUAAACUUCAAAACAGGCUUUUUAAUGGCCAGAUUUUAACAGUUACAUGCAUUCUGUACAUUUCACCUUUUGUACUUUUAACAUAAUGUAUUUUGCCUUUUUAUUGGAGAACGCAAAAUGAUAAAAUCAUUGCGUUUGAUCCCAAUAGUUGGGAAUACUUUUAACAAAUGUCUCUUUUGGAGGCACACACAGCUACAUUAACUAUAGCCGGAUGAAUUGCAUUUUGUUUUGUUUUUUUACUAAAUGACAAACUAUAAUUCUGCCAUGACAAAAUCGUUUUUUUCUUGUGGAUGUUGUUUACAUUGUCUUUGUUUCUUGUACUUUUUAAAAAUGUUUUGAUACUAUAUUAGAGUUCCUACAUAAAGAGAACUAUGAUGUGUUAAGCCGCUUAAUAAAGAUAUAAUGCGACUUUUAGUUGCUUAUAUUA